AUGGUUGAUGAUAAAUAUAUUGGAUUGGCCUUGGCUAUGUCGUCCUCUUUAGCGAUAGGGACAUCGUUUAUUAUCACGAAGAAAGGGUUAAUCGAUGCAUCUGCAAGGAACGGAAGUUCACAAGUUCAAGGGCAUGAAUAUUUACAGAAUCCUAUUUGGUGGGCUGGUAUGAUCACCAUGGCUAUUGGAGAAGUAGCCAACUUUGCGGCGUACACAUUUGCUCCUGCUAUUUUAGUUACCCCAUUAGGUGCAUUAUCGGUUAUUAUUGGGGCUGUUUUGGCUGCAGUUUUCUUGAAAGAAGAGCUUGGAACAUUGGGUAAGAUGGGAUGUGCUAUUUGUUUGAUGGGGUCAGUUAUUAUUGUUCUUCAUGCUCCACCAGACAAAGAAAUUGAAACUGUUGAUGAAAUAUUGGGUUACGCAACAAAACCAGGAUUUUUGUUCUACUGUUUCAUGGUAACGCUUUAUUCGUUAUUCAUGAUAUACAAGAUUGUUCCUCAAUACGGCCAUACCAACCCUAUGAUUUACAUCUCUAUUUGUUCUUCUGUUGGUUCUAUUUCUGUCAUGUCUAUCAAAGCCUUUGGUAUUGCCUUAAAAUUAACUUUGAGUGGCCAUAAUCAGUUCACAUAUGUUUCCACCUACUUGUUUAUUGGUGUUGUGGUGUUGUGUAUCUUGACACAGAUGAAUUAUUUCAAUAAGGCUUUGGAUCAAUUUGAUACUUCAAUUGUCAACCCAUUAUACUACGUUACCUUUACCACAUUCACUUUAGCGGCAUCCUUUAUUUUAUUUAGAGGAUUCAAUACUACCUCAGCCAUUAACAUUAUUUCAUUAUUAAUCGGGUUUUUGAUUAUAUUCAGUGGGGUUUAUUUAUUAAAUAUUUCUAGAAAGAACAACGAUGGUAAAGACAAUAGAGAAAUAUUCGGUGUUCACAAUGGAAAAGAAAUGGCACCUUUAGACAAUGGAGUUGGUGGAUUUUCGUCGAUGAGAAGAUCAUUACAAGUUAACAGACAAGAUUAUAAUGAAGAGGAAACGGUAGGCUUAAGAAGAUUUGACAGCUUUGAAUUAGGCAGUGAUGAAGACUCACAAGAUUAUCAUCAAAGAACAUGA